AUGGGAAUGUUAGGCUUUAUUCACCAGUAUCCCAGUUCUGUCCCUGUUCUGGGGGCUCUGGUGGUCCUGCUGCUCGUCUAUGUUAUCUCCUCCAGCUUGAUUUCCCAUGGAAACAAGAAGAACCCACCAGGACCCAGACCCCUUCCACUGCUUGGAAACCUGCUGCAACUGGACCUGAAAAGACCCUGUGACAGUUUACUGAAGCUUUCCAAGAAAUACGGAUCGGUGUUCACAGUCUAUUUUGGACCUAAAAAAGUGGUAGUCCUGGCAGGAUAUAAGACAGUGAGGGAGGCACUUGUUAAUUAUGGUGAAGAGUUUGGAGAAAGAGAUUCACUCCUUAUCGCACAGGAAUUUAAUGAAGGUCAUGGGGUUUUAUGGUCAAAUGGGGAUUCAUGGAAAGAGAUGAGACGCUUUUCUCUGACCAAUCUGAGAGAUUAUGGCAUGGGCAAGAAGGCAUGUGAGGACAAAAUCACUGCGGAGUGUCACCAGCUCUUGGAAGUGUUUAAAAAAUUCAACGGAGAAGCUUUCGAUACAACACAACCAAUGAACUACGCAGUCACUAACAUCAUCUGCUCCAUGGUUUAUGGCAGCAGAUUUGACUAUGACGACCCACAGUUUACAGGCUUGGUCCAUAAACUGAACAGACGAGUGCAACUUAUCGGAUCCCCGUCAGUGCAGAUGUAUAAUCUGUUUCCAUGGAUGGGCAAAUGGAUAAAGGACAGAGAGGAGUACUAUAGGAUGGCUAACUUAAUUGAAGACCAAAACUUGGGCCUGAUCAAACGUUUGGAAGAAACACUCAACCCACAGAUGUGCAGAGGAUUCAUUGAUGCCUUUAUGGUUCGACAAAAACACCUGGAGAACUCUGGAAACAACAACAAUCACUUCCACAAGAAAAAUCUAAUGGUGACAGUCUUAAAUCUGUUUGCUGCUGGGACUGAAACAACAUCUACUACGCUCAGAUGGGGGCUUCUGCUGAUGGCCAAGUAUCCAAAGUUACAGGACCAGGUCCGGGAGGAGAUCAGCAGGGUGAUAGGGACUCGUCAGGUGCAGGUCGAGGACAGGAAGAACCUGCCUUUCACCGACGCCGUCAUCCAUGAGACUCAGAGACUGGCCAACAUCGUCCCCAUGGCGCUUCCCCAUAAAACAAGCCAAGACGUCACCUUCCAGGGUUACUUUCUGAAAAAGGGAACCACAGUAUGUCCUCUGUUGACAUCUGUCUUAUAUGAUGAGACUGAAUGGGAGAAACCACACAGCUUCCAUCCUGCUCACUUCCUGGAUAAAGAUGGAAAGUUUGUCAAACGAGACGCCUUCAUGCCUUUUUCUGCAGGUCGUAGGAUUUGUCUUGGGGAGAGUCUGGCCAGGAUGGUGCUCUUCAUCUUCUUCACCACCCUCCUGCAGCACUUUCGUUUCACUCCUUCACCUGGAGUUAAAGACGAAGACCCACGACUGACUCCACAAGUCGGCUUCACUCUUAUCCCUCCAAAGCACAAAAUAUGUGCAGUGUGCAGCAAAAGACCACCACUUUAA